AUGUCGUGUGUCCCAUGCGCGAGACCUCCCAUUCUGGACAAGAGACUCUGGCUUAAAGAAGUAAUUCAGACGUCCCGCGAGGGUGCUCGAAAAUUCCGACCUAAUAAUGAGCUGGGUUGCUGUGCCCAGGUACUUUCCUUGCUGGGUGAUUGUACGACUGCUAUUCACAGUUUGUAUACGCAAGCAAUCUCAGAGGGAGAAUUUGCCCAGACGAGGAGCUAUCUUCAUCAGCAGCUCGACGAGGCGAUGACAGCACUCUUACGCCCUGACGACGAUGGCAACCGUAAGCCAUCGCGCAAUGACUUGGCAUUCGUCGCCCUGGUUCAAAAUGAAGAGUUGGACGGGAUUGUUUACUCCAUUGCUACAAUAGAGCAGAUCCAUAGGGAGCCAACGGAUGGCGGAGUGGCAUUUUUAAUGGGUCAAACACCCGUCGGACUUGGGCUAUCACCAAAUGUGUCGAUGGUAUUCAGGAAUUUCUACAAACAUCCGGCAUUUGACAACAUUCGGUAUUAUUGGCGGGUGGAACCGUGGAUCCAGUUUUUCUGCGCCGUCGAGUACGACGUGUUUCAAUACAUGUCGGAUAACUACAAAGUCUACGGAUUUACACUCAAGGUAUACGACGAUCCCAUGACCCUGCCGUCGUUAUGGCCGCAGACACUUGAUUUCAUCGCCGCAAACCCUCAACAUCUCAGCCAUCCACGUGCCAUUUACGGAGUAAAUUCGAAAUUGGCGACCUCGAAUUCUGGCGACUCUGCCUACGAGUCUUUCUUCCAGGCUUUGGAUCGAACGAGCGGGUUUUCUAUGAACGAUGGGGAGACGCACCGGUCCACAGCAUCGCGCUGGGGCUUUUCACGAAUGUCGCGAGAAUUCACUGGUUUGAAAACCCCAUCGGGUGGAAGCCCUGCUCGUAUGAUGUUGCUCGCUGACGCUGCGUACUAG